UUGGACAUGCGCAGAUGAGAGAUGCCAUAUUGGAACGGGGGCAGCAGCAGCUGAAAGACGUCGCUUGCGUUGCUUUGCUCGGGCUCACGCGAACGAGGAGAAGAAAAAAAAAACAGGGGGUCUCGAGAAGGAGAGGCGACUAAAAACUUGGACAGGGCUAUUUAGGAAAGUAAGAGAUGCAGUGAAGGAGAAUUGACGCACCACAAGUCAAAGGGUAUUGCUCGCAAGGAACUGGAAGUGCAGGAUGCAGUCUCGCACGCAGGAGCAGCCAUUGGUCCUGACUGCAAUAAAGUCACACACUCCAACCAAUGGGAAAGAAGAGGAGGUCAACACAGAUGUAGAUUCCAUGGAGGACGAGCCAGGGUUUAACUGGGAGGAGUACCUGGAGGAGACGGGGGCUACCGCAGCCCCUCACACCACCUUCAAACAUGUGGAGAUCAGCCUACAGAGCAGCUUCCAGCCCGGUAUGAAGCUGGAGGUGGCCAAUAAAAGCAGCCCCGACACAUACUGGGUGGCCACCAUCAUCACCACAUGUGGCCAGCUGCUGCUGCUGCGCUUCAGCGGCUACGGCGAGGACCGCAAGGCCGACUUCUGGUGUGAUGUCAUGACGGCCGAGCUGCACCCGGUGGGCUGGUGUGCACAGAACAACAAGACCCUCAUGCCUCCUGAAGAUAACAUUUACCUAAGAAAAGCCAUCAAAGAGAAGUACAGCGACUGGACUGAGUUCCUGGUCCAGGAUUUGACCGGCUCCAGGACGGCUCCAGCAAACCUGUUGGAGGGGCCUCUUCGAGGGAAAAACACAGUGGAUCUGAUCACCGAAGGCUCGGUUUUAGAGCUUCAGGACGUCUCAGAUCCUUUCCUUUACUGGCCAGUUCACGUCAUCCAGAACGUCGGAGGCAGACUCCGCCUUCGCUAUGCUGGUGUUUCUGAUGACCAUGAGGCCCAGGACAUGUGGAUUUUCUACCUGGAUGUUAGGCUCCGCCCUCUGGGUUGGGCCCUUGAGAAUCACCUCAGUUUAGAGCCACCGACAGAGUUCAAGUCUUUAAAGAGCACCCCCGACUGGCAGAAGGCUCAGGAGGAUGCUCAGUGUGAUGGACAGACCAGACCGCUGCCUCUCGAAGUGUUCAAGGACCACGUAGACCUGCCCAAGCACUCCUUCAAGGCGGGAAUGAAGCUGGAGAUGGUUCCUCAGUGGGAGGAGCUCCAUAUCUGCCCUGUUUCUGUCACCAAGGUCUACAAUGAGAUCUAUUUCCAGGUCACAAUGGAUGAUCUGUCCGCUGAUACAAAGCCACGCUCUGUGGUUUGCCACUCCAACUCACUGGGCAUCCUGCCCGUCCAGUGGUGUCUGAAGAAUGGUGUAAGUCUGGAGCGACCCAGGGGCUACGAGGGCCAGGACUUCGACUGGGCCGACUACCUGAAGAAGACAGCGACUGAAGCUGCUCCUGACACCUGCUUCCCUGAUACUUGGCAGAACAGAGGCUUCGCCAAGGACAUGUGGCUGGAGGCAGUGAACCCUCGUCGUCCGGCCGAGGUGUGUGUGGCUCAGAUCACACAGGUUAGAGGACGCCUGCUGUGGCUGCGACUGGAAGGUGUGCCGAAGCCCCUGUCAGAGUGCAUCGUUGAUGUUGAGUCAAUGGACAUCUUCCCUGUCGGAUGGUGCGAGGCAAACACUUACCCUCUGACCACUCCUCUCAAACCUGUCUGCCAGAAGCAGAAGAAGAUAGCAGUGGUCCAGCCAGAAAAACAGUUCGUUCAGUCGCAGCUGAUGGAGACGAAUCCUGUCAACCACUGCCAGCCUGUCCCCAUGGAAACAGGUUCAGCCAAUGGAAAAUACUCCUGUUCAAAGAUUUUCGUCAACCACCGCUGUUUCUCAGGACCCUACCUCAAUAAGGGACGAAUCGCAGAGCUGCCACAGGCUGUCGGACCCGGAAAGUGCACACUGGUCCUGAAAGAGCUGCUGAGCAUGCUGAUCAACGCUGCUUACAAGCCUGGGCGAGUCCUGAAGGAGCUGCAGGAGCUUGAGGAUCAGAGCUGGGACUUCCAAGAGGAGACCCUCAAAGCCAAAUAUAAAGGGAAAACCUAUCGCUCCACCAUCCGUAUAGUCCGCCUCGCAGACCAGAUCCCAGACUUCUGCCGUAAGGUGUGUCUGAAGCUCCAGUGCUGCCCGAACCUCUUCAGCCCCAUCCUCGUUACCGACAAGUGCCCGGAGAAGUGCUUCAUACAGACAAAAACCAAAUACACCCACUACUAUGGGAAGAAGAGGAAGCUGUCCAAGCCAGCGGGAGGAGAGGAGACGGCAGAGGGGGAGCUGGCCAAGCCGACGCGCCGCAGGAAGAAGAGGAAAGCUAUCUUUGUGCAGAAGAAAAGGCGCUCAUCCACUGUGGACUACACUCCUGCUGGCUCACCACAGGACAGUGACGAGGAGCAGGAGGAUGAAGAGAUGGCAUUGCAGUCGGGCAGUGAAGGCACCAGCUCAGAGCCUCGUGAGGACCACACAGACACAUCCUCUGUGGAGGUGACCAGCAGUCGUCCACGGCGUGCCGCCACACUCCGCAGGGCAAUCAGCAUGGGCAACGCCAUGAGCAACCAGGAGGCUACAGAAGGCCGCAGGAGGUCAACCCGCUCACUGUCAGCCUACAACCAGAACAACAACAAGUACCAGCCACCCAAAGGACAAGACGUCCAGGUGGAGGAGGAGGAAGGCCAGCUGGUUCUGGACAGGAACCCUCUGGAGUGGAGCGUAGACGAAGUCGUACAGUUCAUCAACUCUACAGACUGUGCAUCUCUGGCCAACAUCUUUCAAGAGCAGGACAUCGACGGCCAGGCCCUGCUGCUGCUCACUCUGCCCACGGUGCAGGAGUGUAUGGACCUGAAACUCGGUCCAGCCAUCAAACUAUGCCACCAAAUUGAGCGCGUCAAGGUUGCCUUCUACAGACAGUACGCGAACUGACCAGGAAGCAUGUCUGUGAGGACGCUAUGGUUGUGCACGUCUGGAAAAUCAUUGGAUUUAGUUCCCUCUUUAUGGAAAAAAAAUGGGAAUCUGACGAUGUGGAUUUUUUUUUUGAAGAAUUCCAGAUUGCUAGAAGGGAUUGUUUUCAGUGCAGUUGCAUGGGAAAAGCACAAACUCAGUGACAGUGGAGUGAACUGUGGAAGAUUUAUUGCUACGAUGAGCUGAAGGAAUAACUUCUGGGAUACUGUAUGAAGAUGUGAUUUAGUACCCACUAAGACUUUCCCACUGCUGCCGCCAGCAGAACAAAACACAUUGGAGAUGGCCCAUUUGCUUUACUGAUCUGUGAAGAAGUUAUUUUGAGAAGUGGAUGAGUCGUUUCUGAAGACACUUUGGUUUAUUUCUUACUUUAUUUGUGAUAGAGGAGCGUUUGAGUUAAAAUUAUAACCAUAACCACUUACAGCGUUUCCCCCUUUUGUGUGACAUAAUUGGUUCUGAAAAAUAUAAUGGAAAAAACUAUUUAACAUCCAAAAAUUAAUAUAUUUGGAAUAUUUAUUGUGAUCUUAAUUUAUGAGGAGUAAUCUCUUUGGAUGUGAAAAAAACAAAUGAACAUUUCUGACAUAAUGUCAACAUUUUCCACUGAAACAAGCCUCUAAAGCAGGUUUUCAGUGAUUCGCAAACCUGCUGUUUUUUCUAGAUUUACAUUGUAUUUUGUGGGGAAAAAGGCAUAAAUAGUAUUGUUUGACAAACUGACAUCCUAAACUAAUCUGAACUCAGUCUUGCUCUCUCCUUAUUGUUACAAUCACGUGAAAUAAUCCUGUAAGCUAUUUUCUGUCCAUCUAUGCAAAUGUGUUGCAGAUAUUUUUGAUAAGAAAAUAAAUUUCUAUUGAUUUUUA